UCUCCCUUAAAUCAUGUUUAACUACGUCACAGUUGCGGAAUGCGGAAGUUAUAGCGGAAAGAUUACUGGUAUUGUUUAUAUUCGCAAGCUAAUUCGUAAAGUUGACGUUUAAGCAAGAGCCGCAGCAUGUUUCACCCGUAUACGACUCCGAGGCAACCUCCAGUUUUCAACCAGCGCCCACCUGGACCCCGUUUUUUUAAUUACAAGAACCGUGGCCUGGAAGGCGCCAACAGCUUUCCUGCUCUGAACAAAAAGCCGUUGUCUCCUUAUAAAUGGAUUCGCCCUCCACCUAUCGCUGCAUUUGUCCCCCCACAUGCGCCGAGAAUGUCGAGCGGGCACAAGAGGCAGAUGAACGAAUACAACAACCCUCCUGCUGUGAAGCAUCAGCGCCUUGAUUUCUCUCCCGAUCCAUCAUUAGCACCCCCAGCCAUAUGGCGCCCCCGUUUUCCUGAUCCAGCAGUGAGACAGCCCCCAAGACCUUCGCUUGUGGGGUCCCAUCAAGUCCCAUCUAGUCCAAACUUCAGCCAUCAUCCACAGGGACUUUCUGUCACAAGACGAGUCUUCAAUAUACACCUCUAUGCAAAUGACACACUGAGCGGCCAGAUGGUGGAAAUGUUUGAGGCAUGCCAGCAGCAACCUUCAGAUUUGGAACACAAGGAGAUGAUACGAGCAAAUCUGCUACAGGAGAUCAAGAAGUGUUACAAGGGGGCUCGGCUUUACCUGACCGGGUCUUCCAUGAACGGUUUGGCCUGCCGGACCAGCGAUGCUGAUCUGUGUCUCGUUGUUGAACAACAGAAAAGAUCCACUAUUCUUCGUGUCCUUUCCAGACUCAGAGAUGUCUUCAAAAAUCUCCCCUACAUUUCGACGACUGACCUGAUUAAAGCUAAAGUGCCAAUUCUCAGGUUCAGAGAGAAAGACAGCAACGUGGAGUUUGAUCUGAACAUCAACAACACGGUGGGCAUCAGAAACACAUUCCUCCUGAAAAGCUAUGCUCACGCUGACGCCAGAGUAAAACCCCUGAUCCUAGUCGUCAAGAAGUGGGCGCGGCAUCACAAAAUCAACGAUGCCAGCAAAGGAACAUUAAGCAGCUACACGCUAGUGCUAAUGGUCCUUCACUACCUCCAGAUUCUAAACGAACCUGUUCUCCCGUCUCUGCAGAGGGAUCAUCCAGACUGUUUUGAUCCCUUGAUGGAGAUUGACUCUGUUCCAGAGAGUUCCAGCUACGUCCCUUCCUACAGCUCAAGAAACGAGUCCUCUCUGGGAGAGCUGUUUCUGGGUUUCCUCCGAUACUACUCCACACAGUUCAGAUGGAGCGAACUUGUGAUCUCUGUGAGAGAAGCCACAACUUUCCUCAAGUCCAAAUCCUGGGGCAACAAGUUUAUAUGUGUGGAAGAGCCAUUUGAUGGGAAGAAUGUUGCCAGGGCCGUCUACGAGAAGGCCAAGUUCAAAGCCAUCAAAGCUCAGUUUGCCGAGUCUUACCGCAACCUCUUUGCAAAAAUGGACCUGAACUCGGUCCUCCCCGUGAGAGCCAUCAUCGAACACGAGUCACAGAAGAGAUGAGAGGUUCCUCUACCAUGAGCCGAGUCUGUCAGCAGAAACGAAGCAGGACUUCUUUUUGAGGCUCUGCAGAGGGAUAAACCUCUCAGUGGAACUCUGUUGGUUUGGGUCGUGUGUGUUUCUGUGGCAGAUCCAAAAAGGAUUCUGUUAUUGCCAAAUGUUUUGCUGCCUCUGACAUAUAUGCAUAGGUUCUGAUGUUCCAAGAGGAGAAGAAGCUUUACGCGACUUGUGGAACAAUGUCACCUAAGAUGUUGACAGAUUUUUUUUUUUUUAGUCGCUGUUACAAGUUCCUCUUCCUUUCUUCUGGUCCUGAGGUUUCAAACUGACAGGAUGUGUAAUCUAAUCUGAGUUUUAUUUCUCUCUGUCGUUUUGAUUGGAUCCAUAUUUCACAGUUGUUUACCUGCACAAUUGUUAUUCAUUUUAGUAUUAUUCACAACAAAGCUAUAUGUAUUUUUACAGGUCACUAAUGAAUAUUGUAGUUUAAAAACUACUGUAUCUUAUUUCCUCGUUCAAUCCUCUAUUUUGCAAUUUUUUAAUUGUCUAACUCAGAGGUGAAGUUAUUGCUUUAUAGUCGUUGGUUUGCAUCACCUCCUACUGAAAAGUGUUUACAUGCUACAGUAGGAUUUAUUUGGGGGCUCAUUUAUUCCCCUAUCAGUGCAGAUAAUUAAAAAAUUACAACUUC